AUAACGAAUUUGAAUAUCCGUAAGCUAUGAGCUCCCACUGGACACCUAUUGAAGCCGAUUUGGCUGAUAAACUAAGAGAUUUUAAACUAUCUCAAAUUGGAGAAAAUACUAAAGCUAUUUGUACUAAACCUAAGCUUAAGAGUGUUGUAAAACCUGUUGUUCCAGCAAUAUGCCACUCAUCUACCUUUGAAAUAGAAUCUGUUGAAGAUUAUUUGAAAAUUCUGAAGGAAGAUGGCUAUAUUUAUUCAAGACUUGGAAAUCCUACUUGUCAAGCUGUUGAAGCAACAGUUUCUGCUUUGGAGGAAGCUUAUGGGUCCCUUACCUUCAAUACUGGUAUGGCAGCUAUAUCGUCUAUAUUGAUCUCCAUCUUGAAGUCUGGUGACCAUGUAAUCUGUCAAAAUCCUGUAUAUAGCGGGACGUAUAAAUUUCUUUCUACAUACUUAUCUAGACUAAACGUUACUACAACAUAUAUUCCGGCUGGCUCACCAAUUGAGGUAUGGGCUGCCGAAAUAAAGCCAGAAACAAAAGUACUAUACGGUGAGACACCGUGCAAUCCAGACAUGGCCGUUCUUGACUUAAAACGCUUUGGCGAACUUGGUAAGAAGCACCAAAUAAUCACAAUUAUUGAUUCAACUUUUGCAUCUCCGACCAUAACUAAACCGCUUAAUUACGGUAUUGAUAUUGUCGUACAUAGUGCCACGAAAUACAUGGGGGGCCAUUCUGAUCUAAUGGGUGGUGUAGCUGCUACAAACAGUCAAGCGCUGUGGUCAGAGUUACAAAUUACUAGAUCUGAACUUGGAUCAAAUUUAUCUCCCCAUGAAGCUGCCCUACUACUGAGAGGUUUGAAAACUCUUCCAAUACGUAUGAAGCGACAUUCGGACAACGCUUUGAGUAUUGCUAGAUAUCUUGAAAGUAGAAAAGAUAAAAUAUCUAGAGUUUUUUAUCCUGGAUUGCAAUCUCAUCCAGGCCAUGAAAUUGCAAAACAACAAAUGAAAGACGGUUAUGGCGGAAUGGUUUCGUUUGAAAUGAAAAAUGGCUUGGAAGGAGCCAGAGCGAUGGUCGAAUCACUAAAAGUGAUCAACUUGGGUGUAUCUCUUGGAGGUGUUGAUAGCCUAAUUUCCCAUCCAGCUUCGAUGACCCAUGGCCCAAUGAUUAUGGAUGAUGAGGAGAGAAAGAAGGCUCGAAUAACGUCUGGAUUAAUCAGAUUAAGUGUUGGAUUAGAAGAUGAAGAAGAUUUGCUUGAAGAUCUUCGUAUGGCUUUGGAAAAAGUUUAA